AUGGUUCAAGAAGAUGACGACGAUUUGCGGUUGUCAAUGUCCCUUCGUCCGACAACAUUGUCAACGCGUCCUAAUUCCUUGUCGGUGAACGGAAAUGAGAAAGCAGUUCCAGAAGAGAGCGUGUUACGAUCACUCUCUACUGGAACGUUAAAAUAUCCCGAUGACGAACAUUUCUACACAUUUAAUUCGGCACAUUUACAAGAUCUUGGAGCUAUUGGAAAUGGAAACUUUGGAACAGUGUACAAAAUGAGACAUAGAGAAACAAAUAAACUAAUUGCUGUGAAACGGAUACGAUGUAACAACAUAGAUCAACGCGAACAAAUUCGCUUACUGCGAGAGCACGACACGAUUGUGAAAUCCGAAAAAGGGCCAAAUAUUGUCAAGUUUUACGGAGCCAUUUUCAGCGAGGGAGACUGUUGGAUCUGCAUGGAGCUGAUGGAUAUAUCUAUGGAUCUUCUAUACCGACGAGUCUACGAUGUAAAACAGAGUAGGCUCAAUGAAAAUGUUGUGGGUCAUAUCACAGUUUGCACAGUGGACGCUCUCGAUUAUUUGAAAAAAGAGCUGAAAAUAAUUCAUCGAGAUGUUAAACCCUCUAACAUAUUGGUUGAUGGACAUGGUGCAGUCAAACUAUGUGAUUUUGGAAUUUGUGGACAGCUCGAAGAUUCCGUAGUGAAGACUCAUGACGCUGGUUGUCAACCAUAUUUAGCGCCAGAAAGGAUAACCAGCUCAGAUAAGUAUGAUGUAAGAUCAGACGUGUGGUCUCUAGGAAUUACUCUGUACGAAAUUGCAACUGGAAGAUUUCCUUACCAACAAUGGAAUUCAUUGUUUGAUCAAAUUGCAGCGGUAGUCAACGGUGAUCCACCAAUAUUGAGGCCGGACAGUGGAGACAUGAAUUAUAGUCUCCCUCUUGUAAAAUUUAUAAAUACUUGUUUAACAAAAGAAAGGCGGCAUCGUCCAAAAUAUGAUACGCUGAAAAGCUUUGACUUCUAUCAGAUAUACGCCAAAGGCGGACCAGAAAUCGAAGAAGCAAAAGAAAUUCUCGGAGUAGAAGCCAUCGACACUCGUGAUCAUCCUAUUGAUAUACGAGGCUAA